AUGCAGAGCAACAACAGCAACAGUCCCAAUACCUACAGCCAGUCCAAGGACGACAACACUGCACCACGCGAGGUGGCGCCGUUCCUUAAGAGUCUACGCCGUAUGCUGCUGGACGAGAGCGACGCUGUGCUGCGCUGGACGCCCGACGGCCGCGCCUUCGAGAUCCACGACAUGCAGGAGAUGACGGCGCGUGUGCUGCCUAAAUACUUCAAGCACUGCAAGUACACGAGCUUCCAGCGCCAGCUCAACUACUUCAACUUCCGCAAGUGGACCAAGUCCAAGGCCGUCGUCUGCACCUUCUCCAACGAUUUCUUCCUCCGCGACCAGCCUGAGCUCGCGUGGAGAAUCACACGUAAGAAGUCGCUCAGCCCGCACGCGCUGCCCAAGUACCGACCCACGGCCGCCGCCCGUGCAUCUGCCAUGCCCUACUGGAAGAAGGAGCCUCUGUCCGCCGCGCACCCUACGGGCUUCGAAAACCUGCUGCUGAACGGCGACAAUCGAUGUCGUCUACCCUUCCCGGUGACGAUGGACAGCGACCUCCUGUUCAAGCAGCACGAUGUCCGCCAUCCGCCGCAGUGCCGACGCUACUACAGCUUCAACAUGGCGGCACCGCCGUCGGAACCGUACACAACUACGAGAAGCUACGACCUGACGAGUGGCGAGCAGACUGAGCCACUCGACUGGAUUGACUGUCUGCUACCACCGACGGAUGACUCGUUCAUGUUCAUGUACCCGCCAGCAGCACCCUUCACUAUGAACCAUGUGAACCUGCGCAAGAGCUUCGAGUUCGUGCCCUCAACUACUCUGUGAAACUUUGCAGCUGUGUAUGUAUAGUCUGUCGCUACGCUGCCAAAGGCAACGUAGCAGCAACGAGUCUGUAACUAAGGCAACCAAAUAUUUGUAUCUACUCAUUAGUUCAUUGCCUUAAUUAACGUAGAAGACAGGA